CAAUAACAUGGCGGCCUUCUAGAAUGAGUAUGGCACCCUCGAACGCUCGUUGCAAGAGAAUAUUUUUACGAGAUUUGCCUCUGAAUUUUAAAUCAAUAUGAGUGUGAAAUACGUAAGAAAAAUGGCUCUAUUGAGAGCUAGGAUUUUUGGUGAAUUGACUCGUCAAGUAACUCCAAAAUCCUACAAAAUUGUGGAACAUUUUGCCCAGAAACCCUUGGCAGAUAGCCUUACUACUUAUUAUCCCCCUAUAAAGAAGUUCCAAAGUCUCCUUUUUAGACUCAGACAUUAUGGAUUUUAUAGCGAUCAGUAUCUGAAUUUCCAAGAAGAAAUGGCAGCAAAACGGAAAGCAAGAGGAAAAGGUCCUCCUAAAAAGGGUGAAGGCAAAAGGGCAAAAAAGAAGAGAUAACGAAACCCUUCGAGUUCUUAUACAAGUGCUGAAUGCAAAUCUAUCAGUGCUUAUGACUAAGUGGGAUUUGAUCUGCCUGGAAUACCCUCCAUUGUCUGGAAAUAUCCCUGAAGUCAUGAUAUUUAGUCAUCAACCAUGAUCAGCGUGAAGGAUGUUUAACUAAAGUGGUUUUUUCUUUUCUCUUUUAAAAAGCUGUAUUGUAAUAGGGAAAUAAAAACUUGUUACUUUA